UUCGCCACUACUUCCUGGAGCGUAGACUAGGAUGCGCCUGUGGAACUUGUUCUGACGAAGGGCUCCCAUCUAGGACGCAUUUCGGUUUGGUUGGCGACACUACAAUCUAACCCGACUCGAUGUCCAUGAAUUUUGAUCAUUUCAGCAACGGCGAAACGGUCUAUUCUUCAAAGCUCAGGGACAGUCCGUCCGACUUCAUCCUGUCUUCGGCUUAUUCUCAGUGCCAUCUCUCUUCCUACCGUGGCUACUGCGAUGCUGUGAGGACCAUACAUCUAUUGCUGUCAUAUUCGAAGCACUUUCUGUGCAGAUUUCCGGCGCGCCGUCGAUUUCAAUCGUACCGUCGCGUUCUUCCCGUCCGCAUCGAAUCCGCUUUCGACUCGAUAACGUCUUGUGCAAAGGAUGUGUCUCAAUUGGGCGACAAGAAACUUCGCGGAAAAUUGUGGCGAUAACUCUUCUUGGACGUUCUCAUCGGUCUCUGCGAGCGACCUGCACUUUGAUUUGGUCCGCGGCAAGAUCGGGCUUGAUCGAGAUCGAUGUUCCUCAACUGGUUGGAGACCUUGCUACGAUGGUGAUUGCGCUGAAGGUGACGGGAACAUGGAGUGCUUCGAGUAUGAUAGCUACGAAGACGAUGAAGAUGAAUAAUAGACGGAUUGUAGUAAGUAGGUGUAUUAUAUGUUCACAACUCAAUGAAGCAGAUUCGGGCAAGUCACGUGCACAGCUUCUGGUCUUUUUCAAUUUGGCAUCCAUGUUCUCGCCUUUCGACCUGCCUAUUGGAAUUCUAUUGCUCGUAACCGAUCAACUCUCCUCUCCUGCGGAUUUCUUUGUACAUCGCACAUUCUUGGAGCAUCUGAAAGGAGUCACCACUGCGCAGCCGAAGAAAGCUAUACUGCUCUCCGUAUCGGAGGAUAUUGCGCGAUGGAAGGCUAUUGCGGCCAAAUCCAACUUGAAUUUGGACCAGCAGAUAGCUUCAGGCUCGCUAGUCGUCAUUGAUGUGCUUUCUUCAGUCCGACCGCCAGAUAGCGACGUGCUUCCCACUGGCCAGCCACCACCACUCCUGCCUAUCCUCAACUCUGUUCUGACCUCCAUGGGGUCUGUUGGUGGUUCGGAUCUACUGGUCAUCGUUGACGAUCUGGCCACGCUUGAUUGGCUGGGAUUCACCGUGCUCGAUAUCACCCGCUUCGUCCGCGCGCUUUAUGCGGCCUGCCGCAAGAUCAAUGCGACCCUGAUCGUCCGCCAGCAUGUCCUUACCCCAUCCGGGCCAGAACCACUGUUGGACGAUCUCUUUCGGUCCAUGUUCCAGCUUUGCAGUUACCAUUUAGAGGUUCUGCCACUGUCUAGUGGGAAGAGCGGCUCUGUGAGCGGACAAGUGCGUUCUCCUCGGGUCCGACUCUUUUCGUAUGAUAAUGACCGAGGAAAGGUGGCUCUACACGCUGGACCUGGGACAUCUUCGCCAGGUGUGAAACUCCUGUCCAGAAACUCGGCUCUGCAGUACAAGCUUACGGACAACAACGCUUCAUUCUUUGAGCGCGGAACGAGUGCCGGGGUUCUUUAA